AUGAGGCAGGAAGAGGCCCAAAGUAUUGGUCAAGCUGUUUCUGAUGACCCCAAAUCUGGAGAUACGAGAACAACGACGAUAAAAGUUUCAAAAUUCGGCAUUUUCGAAAACAAGGCAAUCAAUGGCAACAUUUUGAAACGAUUGCUCGAGCGAAUCGCGAUCUGCAAAGCUCCCAGGCCCGAGGUCAGCCUAAUUGAUGAGUUUGCAGAGGAUACUUACAAGGAGACCGAAGAAAGAGAAUGGAACUGCCAGGAUUACAAGUUUGUUCUGGUCCUCACCACUCGCUCGAAGGAGAAUGGAAUCAUCGACCCAAAAGAGCUGCCAUACCAGACCCGGAAGAAAAACUUGAACCUAAUCAGGAAGAAGGAACGGGUCUGA